AAAAAAGUUAUUAAAUUAUUUGUAAAAUAAAAUAGUGCGAAGCUUCCUUUCCCACGGCGUUGACGACCUUGUCGUCUUCGUCCUCAGUGAACUCCUGGACAAUAUUCUAUAAAUACCCUCUCAGUACUUUGAAUCUUCACACGUCUUCUUUAAAUCCUCUUAUUUUCCAAUUCACUAAAUCCAAUACAGAUACACUCGGCACACUCAAAUCAGCAUCUACUUCACAGAAAUGGCAAAGCAAAAGAUUGUGCUGAAGGUGACAAUGAACAACGAAAAGAAAAUCCGUAAGGCUCUGAAAAUCGCAGUUAGUCUCUCCGGUGUCGAAUCAGCAUCUUUCGUUGGAUCAGAUAAAACCCAAAUCGCUGUGACUGGGGAACAUGUCGACUCAGUUGAACUGGCGACCUUGCUAAGGAAAGGUGUUGGAUACACAGAGCUACUGAGUGUUGGUCCGGUGGAGGAGAAGAAACCAGCCGCCGCAAAGGAAACAAAUCCCACAGUGGCGCCACUACAUUUUACAGUUAAUCCAUACCAAUAUUACUACAGCAGCUAUGGGAUGCCCUACUAUGCAUAUUAGAUUUAGAUCUUAUUUAGUGAAAAAGAGUGAAAGAAAUUAGUUUUAUAUUGAUGCAUAACUAGCUUCAUUUAACCUUUUUUUUAGGAGUUUUGCAUUCCAUGAAAUAAGAGACCCUUGAUGUAUAUAUUGUCUUUGUGAUAUAUGGG